CCUUGCCCCUCUUUUCCUCGAUUCAUGAUCUUCAGCUCGCACUCCCAGCCGAGCUUUUCAGUCUCUCUUAUCUCACACUCUUCUCCUUCUCUCUAACCGUUUCUUAUCUUCCCUAUCAAACCCUUCCACUAAUACCAAUCUCCAAUCAUUUCAGUUUCUUCCUCAAAUUCCUGUGCAUGUAUCAGAAUUAGGGUUUUUGUUUUUUGUUUUUUGGUUUUUGUUUUUUCCCCUUCUGGCUUUGUACAAUUUAGCCCUAGGGUUUUUUAAUCAAUGUUUUGACUCCUUGUUUGGAGCAUGAAAUUUAAUGGAUGUUAUUGAUAUUUUUUGAUAUUUUGUACUGAUGAUAUAAAUAGGGGAUUAGGAUUAGGGUUAGGGUUCUGACUUUUGUAUUGUAUGGGAAUGGAAAUGGAGAGCUCGCGUAGAUCCUUCGACAGAUCGAGAGAACCGGGCUUGAAGAAGCCUCGAUUGACUGAGGAGCUCGACCGUGGUCCAAACCAGAACCCGAUCGGACGGCCUUUUGUGAGACCGGUGGUUGUGCAUCCGGUGAGGUUCCGAGCGAGUGAUAGGGAUUCGGAGGGCAGCGACCGCGGGGGAUAUCAGCCGCAGCCGCCGCAGCAUCAGGAACUAUUGAGCCAGUAUCAGACCGCGCUCGCUGAGCUCACGUUCAAUUCAAAGCCGAUUAUCACUAACUUGACUAUAAUCGCCGGUGAGAACCUCGUUGCAGCGAAGGCGAUUGCUGCAAUUGUCUGUGCCAACAUUCUCGAGGUUCCUAGUGAGCAAAAGCUGCCUUCGCUCUAUCUUUUAGACAGUAUCGUAAAGAAUAUUGGUGGGGAUUACAUAAAAUACUUUGCUGCCAGACUACCUGAGGUUUUCUGCAAGGCAUAUAGGCAAGUAGACUCUUCUGUUCAUCCAAGUAUGCGGCAUCUUUUUGGAACUUGGAAAGGAGUCUUCCCUCUUCAGGCACUUCAGAUGAUUGAGAAAGAACUUGGCUUCACUCCCAUCGUCAAUGGUUCAUCUUCGGCAGCUACAACAACAUCUAAACCAGAUUCUCAUUCUCAACGCCCACCGCAUAGCAUUCAUGUAAAUCCCAAGUAUUUAGAAAGGCAGCGCCUUCAGCAGUCCAGCAGGGGUGUUCAGCGUCCUAGUGUAGAUGCACCAAGUGAACUUGUUCAUGAGAAGAAUAUUGGUUCUCCAUAUGGAGACUAUGAAUAUGGUUCUGAUCUUUCAAGGAAUUCAGGUUCGGGAGCUCGAAGAACUGGUGGGAGAAUUGAGCAAGGGCAUGACAAACCUUUGUAUGGAACUGGAGUCAGUGUUGCAGAGACAGUAUCUAGCCAAAAGAAUGGUAUCAAUAUCAAACAUGGAUUUCCAAAUUACCGAGCACCCAAACCUGCAUAUGCUGAUGCUCAUCUAAAGCCAACACAGAAUAUUGCAAAUAGGAGUGGCAGUGCGAGGUCUAGUAACUGGAAGAAUUCGGAGGAAGAGGAGUUCAUGUGGGAUGAUGUGAACUCCAGAUUAACGGAUCAGCAUGCAUCCAGUGUCUCUAAUGACUCAAGCAAAGAUCAUUGGACUACUGAUGAUUCAGAAAAGCUGGGGUUCGAAUACCACCUUCGAAAACCACAUAGUUUAGCUGAUGUUGGGUCAAAGGUCAAUAAGGAAGCUUCCAGCGAUUUGCUAUACAACGAACCAAAAGAGUCAACCCCUUUUGGGCACCGGAUGUCACCAUCUUGGACAUUGCAAGAAUCACAUUCCAUUGAUGGGGUGAUCCGUAAUUCAGGCCAUUCAGAAGGCUAUGCCACCACUCUCAGCGGGUCAUCGACAAGUGUUGCUUCUUCGCUAUCAAGGAUGGGAGGUCGACUGCAGAUGCGGCCAUCACAUGUUGGAGCGUCAGGCUUUGGGGUUGUAACAAAUGCUGUAUUGGGGUCCUCUGGAACUGUAGGGCAGCAACGGUUUCAGUCUCUGGGAGCAGCAUCACCAUCUGCACAGUCACCCAUGCGCCAGUAUCCUUCGUCACCUUUGUUAGCAGUGCAACCUUCCCAUCAUCAAUCACAAAGUUUGGCUGAGCAGGACCAUCCACUGACUCAGUCACUGCCUCGGCCUGAUUUAAAAGCUUCACAAUUUUCAGGGCGGUUGAACGCGGGGCCUCUCAACCAAUAUACUCAGGACUCCUCACCUAUUGAGCCUCCUAUUAUUCAGCUGGGACUCUUGCAAAAGUUGCAGCCUCGGGUUGUACGAGCUUCAUCUCCUUCAGUGCCUUCUUUUCAACCAAGGCACCAUGACCAGCAACAAACUGACUCUGCACAGGCUCAACCUUCUGGUGAGAUUCUAAAGCCCAUCCUGCCUCCUGUCUCAAAUUUUGUAACUCCCUCAACAAUGGGGAAUUCUGCAUCAGACCAUUCAGAUACUCUUGCUGCAGAAUCUUCAGGACAAUCAAGCACAUCUAGUUUGUUGGCUGCUGUUAUGAAGAGUGGAAUUUUCUCUAGCAAUUCAAUUACUGCUAGCCUACCUAAUCUGAGUGUCCAGGACAUGGGGCAAGUUCCAUCACAGUCAGGUAUUCAGCCUCCCCUGCCAAGUGGGCCUCCGCCAACGCAGUUUACGUCCUCAGGGCCCAGUAUUGUGUCAACAACUUCAUUAAGUUCUUCCCAUAAUAACUCACCAGCUCCGGCAAAUCUAUCUCAAGGAAAGGUAGAACCGCCUCUGCCACCUGGUCCACCACCUUCAUCUCUUGCAGGUAGUGCAUCCACACAACCCUCAAGCGCUGUGAAUGAUGCCUCGAAUCCAAUUUCAAACCUUUUGAGCUCAUUAGUUGCAAAGGGUUUGAUAUCGGCAUCAAAGACCGAGCCACCGACUCCUGUGCCAACUCAUAUACCAAAUCAGUCGCAAAACAAGAGCCUGGGUAUUACUACCACUAGCUCUGUAUCAGUUUCUUCUGUUCCCGAUUCCUCAGAAACCCCUGUUUCAAUUGCUAGGGAUGAGGUAUCUUUACCAGGACCUGCCAAUGAAAGCUCUGUUGCGUUACCUCAAUCCACCGCAGUGGAAAUAGAAAACCUCAUAGGUUUCAAGUUUAAGCCAGAUGUCAUCCGAGAAUUUCAUCCAUCUGUGAUCAGCGCACUAUUUGAUGACCUUCCAUAUCCAUGCAGUGUUUGUGGUCUUCGACUUCAGCUUCAAGAGCAUCUUGAUAGACACUUGGAGUGGCAUGCUCUUAGAAAUCCUGAACCUAAUGGUUUAAUUAGUGGAUCAAGGAGAUGGUAUGCAAACUCAUGUGACUGGGUUGCUGGGAAGCCAGGACUUACAUCUGGGGUUGUGUCUGCUGGUGUGGCAGACGAGUCUAGUAAGACAAUGGUUGAGAGUGAGCCGAUGGUUCCUGCAGAUGAGAGUCAAUGUGCAUGUGUUUUGUGUGGGGAGGUUUUUGAAGAUUUUUACAGUCAAGAACGGGAUGAAUGGAUGUUCAAAGGAGCAGCCUACGUGACUAUGCCAUCUAGGGAUGGUGAGAUAGGAACUUCAAAUGACAGUGCUGCCAAGGGUCCCGUUGUGCAUGCAAAUUGUAUGUCAGAAAGUUCAAGUCAUGACUUGGGAGUGGCUAGAGGUAUCAAAAUGGUAAGGCUCAAUGUUCAAUAAGGAUGGACUGAAAGGAUGUCAUCAAGUAUAACAUCCAAGAUAUCAUGUGCUGACAUUGUGAAAGGAUCAGACCCAUUGUUGUCUCCCUUUUAUUUUGUUUCUAAUUGGUCGAGGGCUGUGACGGAUCAAUAGUUUGAUCUUUCACUUCAGACCAGUGCAAAUGGUGGGCCUGAUCCUCUUUAUGUAAAAUGGUCAAAAUGUCUUGUUGCUUCUCUCAGUUUCUCCAUUUUGUGCUUUCCAUGACUAAUUGAACUUUCCAAUGAAUGGUUCAUUCUGAUGUU